GGCAGCGGGGCUGCUGCUCCUCCCAGCAUCCCUGGCGCGGCCAUUUCAGCCCCAUCUUGGCCGAGGGGAGGGAGCUGCAGCCGCUGCUUCAGCAGUUUGAAUUUCAGUUUCUCCGGGGUUUUUGAACCGGGCGCACCGAGGAGCAGUCGAAGAAGCGACCGCCGCUACCUCACACAUCCGGGGCGCCUCCGCUCGCCGGCCGGCCGGCCGCCGCCCCUCACUCUCCAGAGCUGUGAGGGGAGGCCGGGACUGCCGCCGCCGCCCGCGGGGGUGGCUCCCCUGUAAGGGGAGGACCGAGGCGGCUCUCCCCUCCCUCCCCUGGAGAGGGUUUCCGCCUGAGACGCUCGACAUGUCCCUGGGGCUGAGCUCCGGCUAGUGCCGGGGAGGGAGGGCCUCCCGCCCGCGCCGAAGCCCCGCCGCCCGCCCGCCCGCCCGCGGACCUUCAGCCAGCCCCAGCCCGCGGCCCUGGGCUGAACCCGAAAGCCCGGCUCCGGACCCGCCGCUCCUCGCCCUCUCAGCGUCCGAGCCCGGACCUGACGCCGGCAGCAGCCCGAGCAGCCCGAGCGGGGCAGCACCGCCCCUCACGCCGCCGCCGCCUCCUCCCCUUCGCCCUCCCACUCCCACCCCCAGCCAAGGCCUGCGGACCGCGCGGCGCUGGACUGACCGCGGCGGCCCGGAGACGGGAGGAGGAAGCCGCCGGCCCGCCCCUGGGAUCGCGCUCUCGCCGCCGCCGAGGGGAUUGAAUUGAGGCGCCGCGGCUGCGGGAGGCGAAAACGGAGGAGGAGCAGCUGCCGCGCGAGUGAGACGGGGGCCGAGCCGGAGACCGACGCGGAGAAGCAGCGGGAGAGGAGGAUGUCUCCCAGAGCGGGCGCCCGGAUCGGCCCGUGACUCCCGGCGGCGGGCCUCACACCCGGCGCGGACUCGGACUGUGUCUUUGGGGGCCGUGCCCUUCCCUUCCUGGUUUCCAGCCAGUUCGCCGCGGAGCCGCAGUGCCCCUCGGCCCCCCAGCCUUCCUCACCAUGUCCAAGAUGCCGGCCAAGAAGAAGAGCUGCUUCCAGAUCACCAGUGUCACCACGGCCCAGGUGGCCACGAGCAUCACCGAGGACACCGAGAGCCUGGACGACCCGGACGAGUCACGCACCGAGGACGUCUCCUCCGAGAUAUUUGACGUGUCCCGGGCCACGGAUUAUGGCCCCGAGGAGGUCUGCGAGCGGAGCUCCUCCGAAGAGACCCUCAACAAUGUCGGGGAUGCGGAGACUCCCGGGACGGUCUCCCCAAACCUCCUCCUGGACGGGCAGCUGGCGGCCGCGGCGACUGCUCCCGCCAACGGAGGAGGAGCCGUGUCGGCCCGGAGCGUGAUGGGGGCGCUGGCCAAUACUCUGGCGACAGCUGCCGCCUCGGCCCCCUCUUCGGGGGCACCCGGCGCCCCCCCGGCCGCGGGUUCCUCUGCGGGGCCGGCUCCGUCGCAGCCCCCCACCACUUGUAGUUCCCGUUUCCGCGUGAUCAAGCUGGACCACGGGAGCGGGGAGCCCUACAGACGCGGCCGAUGGACGUGUAUGGAAUACUAUGAGCGGGAUUCGGACAGCAGCGUCCUGACCAGGUCCGGGGAUUGCAUUAGGCACAGCAGUACUUUUGACCAGACUGCGGAGCGAGACAGUGGCCUGGGCGCCACCGGAGGGUCGGUGGUGGUGGUGGUGGCCUCCAUGCCGGGGGCACACGGGCCCGACUCGGGAACUGACAAUUCCCUGACUGCUGUGUCACAGCUACCCCCGUCGGAGAAAAUGAGCCUGCCCGCUCCGGCCCCGCCGCUGAGUUUUGGCGUUGGGCAGCUCCAGCCGCCGCCUCCGCCCGUAGGUGGGGCUGUGGCUCCAAGCUUGGCUUCCAGGCCGUCGUUCCCGGGAGCCGCAGCCGGGCCGCAGCAAGUGAUGGCGGCUCCGCAGCCCAGCCAGCCCCAGGGAACCGGGCCGGGCGUCGUCCCCCCGGGGCCCAAUGGACAGGGUCUUCCGCUAACGAAUGUAACCCUGGCGCAACCCGGCAUGUCUCUGCCUCCGCAGUCUGGCCCGGCCGCCAGCGCUUCUGCGACGCCGCAGCCUCAGCAGUUCGCGUAUCCCCAGCCUCAGAUGCCGCCGGGGCAUUUGCUGCCCGUCCAGCCCUCCGGCCCGAGUGAGUACCUGCAGCAGCACGUGGCCGGCCUGCAGCCGCCGUGCCCCGCGCAGCCCUCGGCCACCGGCGCAGGGGCCAGCCUUCCGGUGGGCACCGGCCACAAUGCCUCCUCGGGGGCCGCGCAGAUCGUGGGCCCCUCUUCCCUGCCCAAUGAAGCCGUGGCUCCGGGGCCGGGAAACGCGCCAGGCGGGCAGGCCGCGCCUACUCAGCCGGCUGGAGUUCCCCCGGCUCCUGUGGGAGGCACGGUGCAGCCGGGCCUGGUUCCUACCGGGGCCGGGCAGCCCCAGCCCGCGCCUUCACCGCAGGUGGGAGGCAGCGGUGCGCCGUCAGCCGCGUCUGGUGGCCCUCACACCAUGGUGCCCGGAGUUCCAAACGUGCCUGCCGCCGUGCCCGCUCCAAGCGUGCCCAGUAUGCCUACCACGUCUGUUACUAUGCCACAUGUACCCGCGGCCCUGGUCCAGUCGCAGCAGCUGAGCAGCCAUACGCCAGUCAGCAGGAGCGGCAGCAUAAUCCAGCAAGUCGGGCUGCCUUUAGCGCAAGGCACACCCAGUGCACCAACAAGUCUACCACAGUCUGACCUAAGCCAGUUUCAGACUCAGACCCAGCCUUUAGUCGGACAAGCUGACGAUACUAGAAGAAAAUCAGAACCCCUACCUCAACCACCACUUUCUCUCAUUGCUGAAAAUAAGCCUGUUGUGAAGCCUCCUGUUCCAGAUGCCCUGGCAAAUCCCCUUCAGUUAACACCUAUGAACAGUCUGGCCACCUCUGUAUUCAGCAUAGCUAUUCCUGUUGAUGGUGAUGAAGACAGUGCAUCUGGGGCAGGUGGUGUAGCCAUUGACAACAAAAUAGAACAAGCAAUGGAUCUGGUGAAAAGCCAUUUGAUGUAUGCAGUAAGAGAAGAAGUGGAAGUUCUAAAGGAACAAAUAAAAGAAUUAGUUGAAAGAAACUCUUUACUUGAACGAGAAAAUGCACUGUUAAAAUCUCUUUCAAACAAUGAUCAAUUAUCCCAACUCCCAGCCCAACAGGCCAAUCCUGGUAGCACUUCUCAACAGCAAGCAGUGAUAGCACAGCCUCCGCAGCCAACGCAACCUCCACAGCAGCCGAAUGUCUCCUCAGCAUAAAGCUUUCUUGCCUCAUUAAGAAAAAAACUGAAAGCAAUCUAUCCUGUGUGCCACUGGUGUUCUUUCCACUUUAUAUGAAAGCAAGUAGCCAUGCUUCGGUUGUGUGUUUGGCCUUUUCAGUAUUAGACAAUCAUUCUACAAGAGCUUUUCCUCUCUGAGAUGUCAUGCAGUGCUGUUGAUGUCCAGUUUAUGUCAUCAGUACACAAGGAGAAUAGUAGGUGGGGUUUAUUAAGGCAAGCAAAGUCUGCAUUUUACCUGGUGCGCAUGAGGUCCUUUAAGAGCUUUAGUGGCUCUUCAUGUGUCUGUCAUCCAUGGAUUUACCCUGAGCCUUCCUAUCAUAUUAUAAAUAACAGUUCAUCUAAAGAGCCACUUUUCUUUCAGUAUCAGUAACAUUUGCCUACAUAAGUUUUCAUUUAUUUGUGUUUUAUUUAUUACAGGGCUGCUAUUUUCAUAAUGUACAUGAACAAUGUCACAGAACUUUUUUAAUUUUUGAAUAAUUAUAAGUAUCAGUAAAGGAAUUGAAAGACAGGAUUGCAUUUAACAGAUUAAACGUUUAGGCAAUAAUUGAACAAAAGAAUCCUGACAUAUUUCUAACACUAAUGGCAAUUUACCUUCGGUAUUUAUUUUUAGUAGUAAAGACCCAGCUUGAAUGUAAAUUUUGUAUAGUGUAAGUAUGAAGAACAUAGUGCAACUGUACAGGUAGUAACCAGUUAUUGUGAUAUAAUAAAUAAUUGGGCUAUUUUGAUGAAGAAAACUUUGUUCAUUUGUUUCUACUUUCUAAUAGAGAAAUUGC